ACUUUUCUGUAUUUCUUUCAUUUAUCCUCAAAAAAAUCAUCAACCCACUUCAUUUCUGCUCCUCGAAUCAAGAUGUCAAAUUCGAGGGAUGAAAGGUCGCCGUCACCAAAUGGCUCUGCUUCACCUGUGAUCAAUCCUAGGCAUCAACGAUCGAGAUCAAGGUCGAGGUCAAAGUCACCUCCCAGACGAAGUCGAUCUGGGAGUCCUGAAGAUGCAUCAAACCCUGGAAACAAUUUGUAUGUGACUGCCUUAUCCACUAGGGUUACUAACAGUGAUCUCGAGAAGUUCUUCAGCAAAGAAGGGAAGGUCCUUGAAUGCUGUUUGGUUACUGAUCCUCGCACCAAAGAAUCCCGUGGUUUUGCAUUUGUUACAAUGGAAACUAGGGAACAAGCUGAACGAUGUAUCAAGUAUCUGAAUCGAUCUGUGCUUGAGGGGCGACUGGUCUCAGUGGAAAAGGCAAAAAGGUCCCGUGGGAGGACACCAACUCCUGGUCGAUACCAGGGUCUAAGGAAAGAACGAGGACCACCAAGAGGUCGAGGUCGUAGACGGUCUCGCAGUUUUUCUCCUCGCCGGCGGUAUGAUAGAGGUCAUUAUGAUAGAGAUCCUUAUCCUCGUGACAGGCGAGGACGAUCACGUUCUCCCUAUGGAAGGAGACCAGAUGAUUAUCCUGACACAUACCGGAGGCGUAGGGAGCGGUCUUUGUCAGCGGGUCGCGGUGGCUACCCAUAAAAUCAUUAUACUGAGAUUCACAUGUGAUUUACUAUCGCUGUUGUUGUACUUUGUAGCUUUGGGGUGACUACAAACUCCUUGGGUUCCCACAGAGCUACACAUCACAAUGUGUUGCUAUGAACUUCGUAAUGUCGUGUUGUGUUAGAAUGUUUUAGAAUGAUCUGCUAAUGGAACUCGUGUGUUCUCCAUGACUUUAUAUUAGGCUUGAAACUUUGGUAAAUUAGAAAGUGACUUUUAUCAAUAGUUAAAAGAAAUUCUGCAAUUCUGUAGAACUUGCAUUAUUUGAUCUUGUAACAGUUCACAAAGUAUUAUACGCAGAAAAUGCAAAGUAAAUAAAUAAAACUACGUACUCGUACUAGGAGUAUGAAUAGGCAGAAGAGAAUCCAA